UCAUAACAAUCGAAUAUAUGCGUACAAUAAUAAAUUUAACCUUGUUUUCCAGGACGUCAAAUAAAUUUCAGUGAUAGAUAAAUUUGAUACAAGGUGUUUUUUAAAAGCUACAACAAAUUAAUAAAAUUUUAAUAAUUAUUACAAAAUGCAAGAUUUAUGUCCGUUGUGUUCGAAAAAUGGUCUUAAGAAUAAAAUAAAAUUAUUGCAAAUUAAUUUACAAGAGGCUGUGUGGAUAUGUGAAGAAGAAAAGUGUGUAUGGCCUUUUGGAUAUGAAGAUUUUGUAUUUUGUCCGAGAACAGUAGGAAAAGUCUGGUCUUGUUAUUGGAAUGAUUAUAAGCCAACAACACCACCAAGAUUAAAAGAAAAUCUUAUGACAUCAAGUCCUUCAAAGCUACCAUUAUGUUUUACACCUGUAAUACCUACCAAACAUAUACCAAAAGAAGUUAUCAAUAAUUUAGAUAUGCAUCCUUUAGAGAAUAUUAAUGCUACAAAUAACAGUUCAAAUAUAAUAAACUCAAAUACUAAUUUUGAUGAUCCACAUAUUUCUGUUUUUAGAGAAUCAAGUAUGAUAUCAAACAUUAAUAUUGAAGAAAAAUGCAACGAUACUAAUACUUUAAAUAAUGAAACUACUGUAAGUAAUGUACAUAGCAAUAAAUUACAAUCGAUUAAUGAUAAUAUAGAAGAUAUAAAAUUUGAGAAUGAAUGGAAAAAUUUAUUAAAUGAAGAUAUUAAAGAAAAAAAUGAUAUUUCCAUAGAAAAUGUUAAAAGUAUGAAUACUAUCAAAAAGGCACCAAAAAUAACAAGUAUUGAAAAAACAAAUAUUAUUAUUUCUAAUAUGAAAAUAGGAAAUCAGAUCCCGAAUGUUAAGUUAAGAAAUGAAGAAUCUGUUCAUCAAAAAUCAAAGAAGAAAAUUUUAGAUGUUGAAUCUGUAGAUGUUACAGGAUCUAAAUUGAAACCAGAAGUUGAAGAAUUAACAAAUUUAGAACCAAGUGAAAACAAUGAAAAUAUAUUAAAACCUAAUUUAAAUAUAUCUACAAUGGAAAUAGAUGGUUUACCACCUAUCACAUUGUCAUUUGAAAUUCCACUAUGUUCUACAGCUCCUGAAACAGUAAUAGCUAAUACACAACUAGGUAGUUAUAAAAGUAAUAAUACAAAACCAAACAGUUUCGAAGUGAAAGGUACAGUUGUAAAACGGAAUAUAAGUAGUGGUAAAAUAUAUGAGAAAUUCAAUUUUAGUGCAAUUAAGAAAAAGCUGGAAUCAAAUAGUUCCAGCAAUGCUAAUAGUAACAAAGAUAAUUUUUCUAAUGUGAAGACACAAAUUCAAAAGAUAGAAAAUGAUUCACCAGAACCAAAACCAAUUUCAAAUGAAAGUGCUAUUUGUGUAUCGAAUGAACUUGAUAAGUCUUAUUCUUCAGAUAUGAAGAUACAAGUUCAACAAGUAAAAAAUGAUUCACCAGAAAUAAUUUCAAAUGUGAGUGCUACUUGCGUACAAAAUCAACUUGAUGAAUCUGUAACGUCCUUAUCAAAUCAGGAAACUAUAGAAUCUGAUACUGCAGCAGUCAAUGCUAGUGUAAAUAUAGAUACUGUUUUGGAAGAGCUUAUAUGUAAUGAUUAUAGUAUUUCUGAAAAUAUAAACGAUGACUGGAUAGAAUCUCUAUUGAUCUAGCAUUAGAUUAAUGAUAUACUAUAAUUAAUUGUAUUUAGUUUAUCUAAACAAUAUUAUAUAGUCCUAUUAUACAACUAGAAUCUUGUUUAUUUAUGGAAAUGAAAAAUUGUUACUGAUUGUAAUUUUAAACUGGAAUUAUAGAAUAAUUUUUAUAAAUAGACUUGUGUUAAUUAUGUUCACUUGAUUGGUAUUUAGACACUUUGUAUUUCUUUGUAUAUCUCUAAUGUCUUACAAUAUAUGACUGGCUUUGCUUUAAGAAAGAUACAAAAACUAUCAUGUACAAAUUGCAUACAAUAUUUAAAA